AUGGAUUGUUCCUUGAAGGAUUUGCGACCGGCUCCUGUUACGUCUCGUUCCGCCUCUGUCUGUCCAGUUUCAUCCUGGCAAGCCCAGAGGCUCCGUGCUGGGCUGAGGGUGUGCAGGCUGACCCGGUGUGUUUGUUCCUUGCAGUCGGGGCAGUUCAACGAAGACAUGAUCCCGACGGUGGGCUUCAACAUGAGGAAGAUCACCAAGGGGAACGUCACCAUAAAGCUCUGGGACAUCGGCGGCCAGCCUCGUUUCCGCAGCAUGUGGGAGCGCUACUGCCGCGGAGUCAGCGCCAUAGUGUACAUGGUGGAUGCUGCAGACCAGGAGAAGAUUGAGGCCUCGAAGAACGAACUUCACAACCUGCUUGACAAGCCGCAGCUCCAGGGCAUCCCAGUUCUAGUGCUCGGGAACAAGCGGGAUCUGGCGGGCGCCUUGGAUGAGAAGGACCUCAUUGAGAUGAUGAACCUGUCUGCCAUCCAGGACCGAGAGAUUUGUUGCUAUUCCAUCUCCUGCAAAGAAAAGGACAACAUCGACAUCACCCUACAGUGGCUUAUUCAGCACUCAAAGUCCAGGCGAAGCUGAGAGCCCGGGGACCGCGCCUCGGAGCGGGAAGAUGCCAUUGUCCAAGCCCACGCCCCCUUCUCUCUGUCCCCUGCUCUGUCCCUCUCUCUCCAUCUCUCUCUCUAGAUGGGUAUUUUAGGGGACUCCAGGCUCUGCUCCUGCUAAGGCGGAGCUCCUGUUUUUAUUGUAAAGAAGCUGUUGGACUCCUGUC